ACGGAUAAUUAUACAAUAAUGAAUUCUAUAAAUUGUUUGUACUUUUGGGAAUUUUUCGUGGUUUUUGAAUAAUUGGUCAAAUUCGAACUUGAUGGAACACAUCGCGAAUACACUUCGCAUCAUUCACGAUGGUAGCGACGUCUAAUCUCACGCGCGGACACUGCAUCGAGUUGGACGUAUUGGACCCACUGGCAUCGCUGCGCGAUCAAUUCCAUCUUCCCAACGACGAUGUCAUCUACCUCGACGGAAAUUCGUUGGGCGUGCUGCCACGGACCACGGCAACUCGAUUGCAUCAAGUCGUGACACAGGAAUGGGGUCAAGGACUCAUCCAGAGCUGGAACACGGCGGAUUGGAUUGGACUUCCACGUCGCGUUGGCGACAAGAUUGGUACCAUUCUCCUCGGCGCCGGUCCUGGCGAGUGUCUCGUGACAGACUCGUUGUCUAUCAAUGUGUACAAGGUGCUCACGUCGGCCGUGGACCUUGCACGGGAGACAGACCCAUUACGCACCGUUGUGCUCACUGACCGCGACAACUUUCCUUCAGAUAUCUACAUCGCUCAAUCCGUCGUGUCCUCUCGUCAAGGGAUUUCAGUUCGGCUCAUCAACCCCGACGACCUUCUGUCCUCGUCGCUAUUGACAACUUCCGUCGCCGCACUGCUGCUCACACCCGUGGACUAUCGCACCGGUCGACUUCUAGACAUGUCCGCCAUCACCGCCGCCGCGCACGCUUCCGGUGUCCUCGUCAUAUGGGACCUCGCACACAGCGCCGGGGCACAUCCCAUCGACGUCCACGCUUUGGAAGCCGACUUUGUUGUCGGAUGCGGCUACAAAUUCCUGAACGGAGGGCCCGGGGCACCGGCGUUUGUGUGGGUUCAUCCACGGAUCGUACACCGGUGUACGCAACCGUUAUCCGGAUGGCUCGGUCACCAAAACCCGUUUGCAUUUGUACCCGAAUACGAGCCGGCCGAUGGCAUUCAGCGAUUCGCCUCGGGCACGCCGUCGAUCUUGGCCCUGACGGCGCUGGAGUGCGGCGUGGAUGUGCUCGCGGCGGCUACGCCUAUGGGAGGCAUGGCAGCACUUCGGGAAAAGUCACUGCAACUCUCGUCGCUCUUCCUCGAUUUGGUAGACUUGUGGAUAAAGGGAGACAAGGAAUUGGAGGAGGUCUCGGUGGUGACCCCUCGGGAGCCUCAACGCCGAGGGUCCCAAGUGAGCCUGCGCCAUCCCACCCACGCCUACGCGAUCGUCCAAGCAUUGAUCGCGCGAGGUGUGAUCGGGGACUUCCGCGCGCCAGACAUCAUGCGCUUUGGAUUCACGCCGUUGUACACGCGGUUUGUGGACGUGUUCGAUGCGGCGGCCGCCCUCAACGACGUGUUGCGCACCGAAGCAUUCAAAGAUCCACAGUUUCAAUCCCGUCGCAACGUGGUUACGUAGCUUUGCAUGAGAUAUGUACUCGAGAUUACUAAAACCAAGUAGUACUACUACUAGUAGUAUAACAAUCAUAUAGUAUUAUCCGGACGAGAAAAAAU